UUGUAUUGGUUACCGGUGCUUCGGGCUACAUAGCAUUGCACUGUGUGCAACAACUUCUCGAAAAUGGUUAUACGAUUACUCCAUUACGUGAUCUAAAGUACAGUUCGGAAAGAUUGGAAUUGGUGGAAGCUGAUCUUGAAUGUCCAGAUCAUUGGCCUAGAGCAGUUGAAGGAUGUACAUAUAUUAUGCAUAUCGCGUCACCUUGGCCUAUUGUAGCUGAUGAAACGAUCAUAAGAAUAGCUAAGGAUGGUACUUUAAAUGUACUAAAUGCUGCUGCACAAUGUAGCACUGUUCGGAAAAUUGUAUUAACAAGCAGUACAGCUGCUAUAAAUGAUGGUCAUACAAAUGAUGCUCGUAUUUUUGAUGAAAAUUGUUGGGGAAAUUUGAACAGUAAACGAGUGGAAAAUUAUAGUCGUUCAAAAAUAAUCGCCGAAAAAGCUGCAUGGGACUUUUGGAAAUCACUACCAGAAGAGUCACGAUUUCAAUUGACUGUGCUAAAUCCAUCAUUUGUUAUUGGUCCCGUACUUUCAGAUCAGAGACAUGGAAGUGCCAAAAUAAUUAGGCGAAUGAUGGAUUAUCGUACUUUUCCGGCAGCACCAAAAGUUUCACUUGGCAUGGUUGAUGUACGUGAUGUAGCACGAGCACAUAUACGAGCAAUGGAAUGCGCAAAUUGUGACGGUGAACGAAUUCUGAUUACUGCAACGCCUUCAGUUUGGUUUUCACAGCUAGCACAUUGGCUUUAUGAAGAAUUCAAAAAUCAAGGUUUUUCAAUUACACGUAUAACAACGCCAGAUUGGCUAGCAAAAUUAUACGCUAAAGUGACGUGUGAUCCACAUUUUGAAGCGGUGAAAUAUCGUUUUGGACCAAAAUUACGUUUUGAUAAUACAAAGUCAGAACAACUUCUUCAAAUGGAAUAUAUGCCAAUCAAGAAAUCAAUAAUUGAUAUGGUUUACAGUAUGCUCGAUUAUGGUAUCGUUGUUAGAAAGAAAAAUUUAGAAAAAACAAAAAAUGGCGAUUGCAAAAUUGCUACUCGCACAAAUAUUGACAGUAAUGAGGCAAAAACAAAACUUGCUAACAAAGAGAAAAAAGCGCAUUAA